CCGCUCCCUCUCCCCUCCUCCCUUUUCCUCCCCUCUUUUCCUCGGGAUGACUUCAAUCCUCUUGUCGGUUGUGCAGCACUCGCGGCGGUCCUUCCUCAGCGGGUAUCCCUCGCUGGGGCCGAUGUCCAGGCUGCUGGGCGCCUACGAGCGCGAGCAUCUGAUGGGCGGCGCGGCGGAUCCCGCGCCUGGCCCCGCCUCCGGGGACCCUCCCCCGGCGAGUCCGGACCUGCCGGCCUUCAUGAUGCAGAUGCACGCGCAGCGCGUGGUCCUGGAGCAACUUGCGCGCUUCAUCCGCCACCAGGACACGCUGACCUCGGAGCAGGCGGCCGCCGACCAUGUGGCACAUUUCCCCGGGGGCUUUACCGUGGAGCUGGACCACUCGCCGGUCCAUGGGACCGGCGUCUUUGUGCGGGGCUUCGCCCCGGCCGGAUCGGUGGUCACCCUGCAUCCGGGCAUUGUGUUCACGCCGUCCCUCUUCCGAACCCUACAAACCAUGCGGCCUCUGAUGGACCCGCAUUGCAAAUUGGCCCGGGCCGACUCGCUGGUCAUCGAGGCCUCCGGGUACUUCCCCUCGCGGGCCUUCACGCCGCUGGGGCUGGAGAAUGGCCAGCACCCGGCGGCGGUGGCCAGCGCCAUGGAGCACAGCGCCCCCGGCAUCGACCCGGUCAAUGACUAUAUCUUCGGGCUCUUCCGCCGGGCGGGCCAGGCCCUGCGCGGGGGCCCGCGCAAGCCGGAGGAUGUCAGCUACGAUGGGGGCCUGCUGGCAACCAAUCACUUCCCCCAUCUGGAUGGGGUAUAUGCGCCGCAGAAUAUCCCGGCCACGCCGCUGGGGUUCGGGCAUUUCCUGAAUCACCCGCCGGCCGGGGCCCCUGGCGGCCCCUCGGUGGCGCCCUUCACGGUGAAUGUCCCCCUACGGCGGACGGGCGCCAAUGAGGCCACGAUCCGGACGCUGUUGACCCCGCCGCCGGCCGGCGUGCCGAUGGAGGCCGUGGUCCGGUCUUUCCAGGACAUCUUCGCCCUGCCGCCGGGCACCUGGCUGCAGCACAUCCCCUCGCGCUUCCUCAGCUCGCCGCACAAUGACAUCUUCAUGAUCGUGGAGGACCUUUACCUGCGGUCGCUCCUGCUUCGCAGCAAGUUCCGCGAUCGCCACAACCGGCCCCCGGGCGGGCAAGAAAUCUCGGCCAAUCUCUUCACCAACCCCACCAUCCCGACCGUGGCGUAUGUGGCCACGCGUGACCUGCAGGAUGAGGAGAUCUUCGUCGAUUACGCGCUGGAUGUCUCGUCUGACCUGCCCGACUGGUACACUCCCGUGUCCCAGGAGGGGGAGCAGGCCUGGUGAUGCAUCCGAGAUGUGCGCAUGUGCGCGCGUGUCACGGCCCUCGCGCCCGAUGGUGGGGGCAAGUGCCGGGGACAAUAUAAAUGCCAGCCACCGGGA